CCGGAAUCCGAAUAUUCAUUCACACACUAAUUUUUAAAAAGAAUGUCUCCUACUAUUGCCAACCGCACCGCCUUGGUGUUUGGAGCCUCUGGAAUUACUGGAUGGGCCAUAUUGCGCGAAGCUCUUAAAUAUCCCACGCCCUCAACAUUCAGCAAGGUGAUUGGUCUUACAAAUAGGCCACUAGAUCGAUCAAAGGCCUUUUUACCUGAGGAUAGCCGUCUUGCGAUUGUUCAUGGCGUUGACCUCACGGCGGCCGUAGACGACGUGGUGGCCAAGCUAGCUGGUAUCGAUGGCAUCAAAGACGUAACCGAUGUGUACUUUGCUGCAUAUGUGCAGCCCGCUGGAACUUCAGAUUUUGAAGGUUUUGAUAAACUCAAGGAGAUCAACGUUCGAAUUCUUGAAACGGCAGUUAAAGCAGUCGAGCGUGUUAGCUCAAACUUGAGAUUCUGGACGUUACAGACAGGUGGAAAGUCGUACGGCUUUGUGCAUGUUCAUCAGCUGGGAUUUCCCAAGGUUCCAGCGAAAGAAUCUGACCCACGAAUUCCUCAGCCAUACGAAGAUCAAGUAUUCUACUACGCUCAGCAUGAUUUACUUCAGAAACUCUCUGCCGGAAAGAAUUGGCGAUUUGCUGAGAUUCGCCCAGAUUUGGUGAUUGGUUUUGUGCCAGGCGGCGGUAACGCGAUGAACUACGUUCAAGCUCUAGGCAUCUUCCUCAGCUUUUAUGCAGACCGUGAGAGGCAAUCCCCAAAGCCCAAAAAGACGAUUCCCUACCCUGGCCCUCUUGCUGCAUAUAACGGUCAUUAUACUGAGAUUGGUCAGACGACAUUGGCUAGAGCACAUCUCUUUGUUUCGAACUUGGAUGGAAUUGAAAACGGUGAGGUUUACAAUGUCGGCGACUCCCCAGUCACUGCUGGGAGCAGCUGGGCUGAGAAGUGGGCAUCGAUCUGCGAUAUGUUUGGCCUGGAAGGCGUUGCUCCUGAAGAAACUCCCAGCCUAAGCGUGGCAAACUACAUGACACAGCAUCGUGAUGAAUGGGCAAAUUUUGAGACAAAAUAUGGCUUGACAUCAGGUAUCAUCGGGCGGAGCAGCUGGGAGUUUAUGGACGUGCUUACUUCGUUGGCUGUAUUCGACCGUCACUACGAUUUGACCAAAAUCACGGCUGCAGGAUUUGAGAAACGCUCAGAUGUGUUUCAGAAUUAUGUGGAGGCUUUUGAUCUGAUGAGGGCUGCAAAGAUAAUUCCAUAGGUGUGGAUUUGUGAGUUGUUUCUACUUUUGCAGGCACUAUUUAGGAAUCUUUACCACUGUUGGACUUUUCUAUCGAUAUAAUCUCUAUCAAACAGCAAGGUGAUGAUGGUGGGCAUAAAUGAGUUGCG